AUGGCGAACGAUGUAGAAAACUAUGUUAAAACAUGUCAUGGGUGUCAGAUAACAAGUUCAAUGCCAGCACCAGAACCAUUGAAACCAACACAACUACCAACAGGACCAUGGCAAGACAUUUCAGUUGACCUGCUGGGACCAUUUCCAUCGAAUGAAAAUGUACUAGUUGUGGUAGAUUAUUAUAGCCGUUAUUAUGAAAUUAACAUAAUGAAGAAGAUUACAAGCGAGAAAAUCAUAGACGCCCUAGAGAAUAUAUUUCUUCAACAUGGCUUACCACAAUCAAUUACCUCAGAUAAUGGUGCACAGUUUGUUUCUAAUGAGUUUGAGACCUAUCUGAAAGAGAGUGGAAUCAAACAUAGACGCGUCACACCAUUACAUCCUGCUGCAAAUGGAGAGACAGAACAGAUCUAUAAUGAAACGAAUUCGCAUUGCGCAAGCUGA